AUGUCGAUGUCGCUUGACGAAGAAGUCCGCCUCUUCACAAACAACGCCGACCGCGAGCGGUAUAAUCUCCUGGCGACACUUUUCGGCAUUGUGGUUGCCCUAGACUACCUUGAACGGGCUUAUGUUCGCGAUUCAAUAACAUCGACCGAAUACUCGCCCGCAUGCACGCGGCUACUCUCUCAAUACAAAACAAUGCUCAAGCUUGUUGGAGAUGAUGUUCCCUCCAUCGAACAGUUCAUGAGUCGUUAUCGCAUGGACCAUACGGCUGCGACACAUCGGAUCAAAGUCGGUGUCCCAGCCACGGUCGAGCAUUCGAGUGAGGCCGGCCCAGAAACAAGUAAAUGGGUAGCCCAAACAACCCAGGGCUUUAUCACGUUCAUGGACGCUAUUAAACUGCGAAUGUGGGCGAAAGAUCAACUCCAUCCUAUAUUACAGGACCUCGUCACUGGCUAUGCGCGGUUCAAAGGCAGUAAAGACUGGGAAGGGCGGAGCAGAAUGGUUGGAUGGCAAGUGGAAUUUAAUUCCUUCUUUCAACUCUCAAGUAACAAGUUUAGGCUCAUCACGCUGAACGCGAUGAAGGCCUCGGAAGAGAUAACGGAGGAGCAAUCUCGACAACUUUUGUUCGAUGCUGACAAUGCGUACAACGAAUUCUUUAGAAGUCUCAGUGGAGGAAAGGACGACCAUUAG